AGUCGCUGGCCAAACUUCGAACAGAAUACACCUCCCUCCUGCAAAUACCAAGAAAUUAAUUACCGUUUUUUUUGUUGUUCGUUGCUGUUGUUGUUGUUGUGACGCCCACUGGCGGGAGAUUUGAAUAACUGCGCGUAUUCGCAUCCAAUUUUUUUCAACUGUGUGCCGCGCUUGUGAACCCAUCAAAAAUCCCGAAAAGAAUUGAAAACAAAAUCUACAAAUUAUACUCAGAAAAAGCCGCAAAAAGGAGAAAGUAAUGGCUGGACCAUUCAUAUCGCCGCUGCCCGGCGAUCUGCUCACAGAAUACAUGUUCGGACGGAGGCGGCAGCGCCGGAACCGUACCACAUUCACGCCGCAACAGCUGCAGGAGCUGGAAGCCCUCUUCCAGAAGACCCACUACCCCGAUGUAUUUCUGCGCGAGGAGGUGGCCCUGAGGAUCAGCCUCAGCGAGGCGCGUGUUCAGGUGUGGUUCCAGAACCGUCGAGCCAAAUGGCGAAAGCAGGCACGACUGCAGCUGCUCCAGGAUGCCUGGCGAAUGCGAUGCCUCAGCCUGGGCACGCCCCCCGUCUUGGCCGGUGCAGGGGCGCAGUCAGGUGGUGGCAGCAAUCGUCCGCCAAGCCAAGCGGCAGAUAAUCUAUCCGCCGGCAAGGACUCCCACGCGAGCAGCGACCUAAGCUCCAGCGGGGAUGCUGCCAACUUUACCAUGAUGCAUCCGGCAUUCCAGCAGCAGCAGCAGCAACAGCAGCAGGCUGUGCAGGGGCAUGCCCAUAGCCAGGACAAGCUGUCCAAAACCUAUACGGAAUUGAAGUUGUACAAGGCGCCCGCGCACGGCAUGGAUCUGGGCGGGAUGGCUGCCCUGGCCAGCAACUCCGACGACGGCUCCGAUGGUUCAGACUCCGAGGAGAUCGAUCUCACCUCGGGUGCCUGCAUCGACUUCUCGCAGAGCAGUAAACUCCAACAACAGCAACAACAGCAGCAACAGCAGCAGCAGCAGCAGCAGGGCUCAGGACUGGCUGUGGGGCCAGCGGGGGUGGCGCCAGACAAUGGCGUGCUCUAGAUACCCACAACAGCAUAUGGCAGUGUAUAUAUCGGACAUUUAAUGUGCAUCUUAUCCACUGAUUUAAAUCUGUUUCCUUUUUUCCAUUUGUUUUUGUUUAGCAAUAAAAGAGCAGUCUAAAA